UAAUUGCUAAGUUUAAAAAUCAAACGCCGUUUUUGGUUAAUUAAGUUUGUUGUUUUUCUUCAAAAUCUCCUAAAACUCCUCUUUAUUACAGGAUUAAGAAACAUAGAGAUUAAAAAGAAACUUCAAUACACAGGAAUCUUCUAUUUUUUAUUAUUAAUUUGAUUAGAAUUGUAAAAGCAAUGGAGCAAGAACAAGAGAGUUACAAAUCAAGAUUGUUUCAUUUCAAGAACAUGAGUGAACAUUCAGCUUCAAGACAUGUUAAAAGCUGGAGCUCAGAUUGCGCCAUGAAAAUAGAUGGUUCAGACAGUUUUGAUGAUGAUGAUAAUGACCUGAUGUUCAGAAGUCAACCCGGAAAUUUUGGCAGCGUUGAACGGCCACCUUUGCCUUCAAGCGGUGAUGCAACGCCCAACCGCAGUGACAAGAUUGGUACUCCGAGGAUGGUUUCUUCUGAAUCCAUGGAAGCACAAUUACAAGCAGCCAUGGAGCAAAUGAAAGAAAGAUUUUCAAAACUGCUUCUUGGAGAAGAUAUGUCUGGAGGAGGAAAAGGCGUUUCUUCGGCUUUGGCUUUAUCUAAUGCCAUUACCAAUCUAGCAGCAUCUGCCUUUGGAGAACAGAGGCGUUUGGAGCCAAUGCCGGCUGAUAGAAAAGCGCGCUGGAGAAGAGAACUUGGAUGGCUUAUCUCUGUGGCUGAUCAUAUAGUUGAAUUCGCUCCAACGCAACAAACAAACAAAGAUGGAUCUUCAAUGGAAGUCAUGACAACAAGACAGAGAACAGAUCUACUCUGCAACGUUCCUGCACUUAAGAAACUCGAUGCAAUGCUCCUUGUAAGAACUAAGAACAAAAAUUACUAUAUUAAUCUCUCAUUUUAUUAUAAUUCUCCUAAAAUUUUGACUUUUUUUUUUGUUUAUUUGCAGGAUUGUCUUGACAAAUUCAAGGACCAAAAUGAGUUUUAUUAUGUCAAAAAAGAUUCUCCUGAUUCUUCAGAGACAAGAAAUGAUGAGAAAUGGUGGUUACCAGCGGUUAAAGUCCCACCUAAUGGCCUCUCCGAGAUGUCAAGAAGGUUUCUUCAGAGCCAAAAGGAAUGUGUUAAUCAAGUCCUUAAAGCUGCAAUGGCAAUAAACGCUCAAGUUCUCUCUGAAAUGGAGAUUCCUGAAAGCUACCUGGAAUCACUUCCUAAGAACGGGAGAGCUAGCUUGGGAGAUGUGAUAUACAAAAUGAUAACAGUAGAGAUGUUUGAUGCAGAUCAGUUCCUGAUUGAAAUGGAUUUAUCAUCCGAGCACAAGAUUCUUGAUCUAAAGAACAAAAUCGAAGCAUCUAUUGUGAUAUGGAAGAGAAAGAUGGUGCAGAAGGACACAAAAUCUCCUUGGGGCUCAGGAGUGAGUACUGAGAAAAGAGAACAGUUUGAAGAAAGAGCUGAAACAAUCUUGCUUCUUUUGAAACAAGGGUUUCCUGGAAUCUCACAAUCCUCGCUUGACAUCAGCAAGAUUCAAUGCAACAGAGAUGUAGGACUUGCUAUAUUGGAGGGCUACUCGAGAGUGCUUGAGAGUUUGGCUCACACGGUGAUGUCGAAAAUAGAAGACGUGCUUUAUGCUGAUCAGCUUACUCAAGAACCAACAAAUGCACCUUCUAAGAAUAGAUAUCUUGUGAAAGAGACAAUGAAGGAGGAAAGACUUAGUUUUUCUGAGGACACGGCUACAGGGACAUCACUAUCUGAUGUUAUGCAAUGGGGUAACAAGAACAAUGAAGUGAAGAAAGAAAGCUAUUAUGGAGAUCGAGAGAAACCAUUGCUGUCCAAAGUCACAGGUCUUAUGACAACCAACAAGAAGAGUUCUUAUCUUGAAACUAUUGGAGUUAUGAGAAGUCCAACGGCUAGAUACUCCUGAAAGAAUCGGUUUCUUUUUUUCUUCUUGUAAAAUUAGGUUUGCUUGUUGCAUUUUCUAUAAUUCAAAUGGAAAAGCACCAUUGUGUUGUAGCAGACUUUUAUAUGCAAUUUAAUUUAUUCAUCAUAUUUGGUUCUCAUAUCAUGAAAGCAACUAACACAACACAAAUAUACAUAAAU